AAUGUCUGAGCAAUCCCAAACUCCCCCAAGAGUUGAGAAUCAAGACAGUAAAGAUGUUGUUAAUGCUCAACCACCACAAAUGACAAAUUUGACAACGGAUGAUAUUGACUUUAAGUUCCCGAAGCUGCCGUCGGUUCCUAAAGCCAAACUGUCUCCUGAACCUUUGUCUCCAGUUUCUUCUAACAUUCAGGACGACAACAAAAGCAAAUCUUUGCCUCCAGUUAUGCCUAAAAAAGAGAAGGAUGUUGAGCCUUUUAUUGAACCUCCAGAGGUUUUCGACAAUGUUGGGAAGGAUUUUGCGCCGCUUAAGCAUACUUCAAUGCUGACUGAAAAGGAUAAAGUAAAGAAAGAGGCUGGGAAGGAUCAACAAGGGCAAAAGACGAAGACGGCGGUUCCGGAAGAUUUUGAGGUAAUUUCUGACGAGACAGAGAGAGGCCGUAAUCGUUGGCGUCGAAUUGCUAUUACUACUGGAGCUGUGAUUCUUGUUAGUGUGGUUGCUGGAAUUGCAUUUUGCAAAUGGCGUGGGAAGCAGUUAAAGCCUUGUUGUCAGUUUGGAAAAAAUACCGCUGGCGAAAUCGCUCAUUUUACUUAA